CGCCAGUCUACGACUUGGAGCAUCCUUUUCUUCGUGGUAACCAGUGCACCUGCACAAAGUUCAUGUUUCCGACAAGCGAAUUCCGCAAGGCUUACCAGGUGUCCACCAUGAUCAGGAAUUAUGAAAACUUACCACUGGAGGCUGGACGUCUGGAAUGUACUGGCACCACAAGACUUUGGGAGCUCUCGGCGCUGCUGCCUUGCUUGUCUUGGAGGACGUACUAGCUGUCGAUGGUUGUGUUUCACUUGGAGUUGACAUUGAUACAGAGCAAGCAGCGUCUUCUCUGGCUCGUCGAGGAUCACCUCGAUGAAGUUUAUGACGCCGCUUUUGGCCUUUUUGAUAACAUGCGCUGCUGCUACAAUCUCCGACGGUUGCAAGGGAUCCAACGGGUGGAAAGAGCGACCUGUGCAAGAAGGAAGCUCGUGACUGUUGAUGGAGGAGCCAUGGCAAACCUUCUUCAUAAAAAUGCAGCGAUCCUUUUUCACGAAAUGAAAACGGGUGUUCCGGCAUGACAGCUGCGGGUGUUCUUUUCCUCCCAGGAAUUCGGUGUCUCACCGCAACAGACCAGGUACGUUCAUGCAAAGUCGAGCAGUUUCUAUUUAAUCGUAAGCUCGACUUGAGCAGAUCAAACUUACGUGGCUAGAUCUAGCGCACACGAUGUUGAUUGGAUAUUCGUCCGUCUUAAGACCGCAGCAGUGCCGCGAGCGGCUAUGGCCUUUUCAUCUCUGUAUCUUUCAAAGUCGUCGACCACCGAAGCGUUGUGGGUUUCUGAUUGCCGAAUAAUUCAUGGGUGCUGCAUUCAAAUGCCGGCUGCCAGGAUUAGAUUUCAACACAGGAGUGCCGGGGUCCGAUCGAAACGGCACACAGGGCGUUUGAGCGUUCGGGCAGCUGGUACUGAGACAGACAAAACCAAGCCCAAUGCUCCUGAAGUUACUCCCAGUGAUACCAGAUCUUCCGCCGUGAACCAACUUCUUGGCAUGAAAGGAGCUGGAAAAGAAACGGACAAGUGGAAAAUCCGUCUACAGUUGACAAAACCGGUGACAUGGGCACCAUUGAUCUGGGGAGUCUUGUGUGGUGCAGCGGCAUCUGGAAAUUUCCAUUGGACAAUCGAGGAUGUUGCUAAGUCCAUCACUUGUAUGUUGAUGGCCGGGCCAUUCUUAACUGGAUACACUCAGACCAUCAACGAUUGGUAUGAUCGCGAGAUAGACGCCAUCAACGAGCCUUACAGACCAAUUCCGUCAGGAGCCAUAUCCGAACCCGAAGUAAUCACGCAAAUUUGGGUGUUGCUUCUUGGUGGCAUUGGUCUUGCGUAUACGCUCGAUGUGUGGGCUGGUCACUCAUUUCCAACAAUAUUCUGCCUUUCGCUUGGAGGCGCUUUGCUCUCAUAUAUAUACUCUGCCCCUCCUUUAAAGCUGAAGCAAAGCGGAUGGAUAGGAAACUACGCACUCGGCUCAAGCUACAUUGCCUUGCCUUGGUGGGCCUCGCAAGCUCUCUUUGGAACGCUCUCCUGGGACGUUGUCGUCCUCACUUUAUUGUACAGCACGGCAGGGCUCGGAAUCGCCAUCGUGAACGACUUUAAGAGCAUAGAAGGAGACCGUGCCAUGGGAUUACAGUCUCUACCAGUCGCAUUUGGAAUCGACACUGCAAAGUGGAUAUGCAUUGGCUCCAUCGACCUCACGCAGCUAUCCGUUGCAGGCUACUUAUUCGCCACUGGGAAGCUCUACUACGCACUGGCAUUACUUGGACUCAUCACUCCGCAAAUAAUUUUCCAGUUCCAGUACUUCUUAAAGGAUCCACUUAAAUACGACGUGAAGUAUCAGGCUAGUGCGCAACCAUUCUUUGUUCUGGGUCUUCUCGUCACGGCUUUGGCCACUAGCCAUUGAGACAAGAGAGCUCCAAAAAAAGUCCUUUUUUUUUGUUCCAGCUGGAAUCGAACCGUUGCCCUUUGAAACAAUGACGUCGAUGUGUCCAA